ACAGUUUCUCCCAUUCCCAAAAUAUUGAACGCGACGUGACGGCUCGAAAAUGAAGCUAUUUUGCGUUGUUUUGGUUGUUUACGUGGUGGCUUUGACAUUGUUCGGCGUGGACGGACGUGGUGGCGGUGGCGGUGGCUCCACAAAGGGCUUGGAGGAGCCCGUGCGCCUCUUUGUCAGGACACGGCGCCAUGUUCACACUCAUAAAAAGGGACUUGAGAGCGCAUCGGCUUAUGUCAACAACGAGCAACCGCCACCACCCCCACCACAUUUGAGACCCCGUCGUAAUACCAUUAACUUGAACAACGAACCAACGCAGGUGACUAACGAAGAACCACCACCACAUACCAGGCAACGCCGCCAGAUGCCAUCGCCACCUGAGGGAAUGCCAGCACCGCCUGAUGGAGUGCCAGCACCACCCGCGGGUAUGCCAGCACCACCAGCUUAAGGAUAAGGAAUAGCUAAAUAUUAUUUACAUACAUAUAUCAUAUAGUAAGGCGCUUGCGUAGGGGUUAGGGAACCACGGCAACAAUAAGGAAUUAGCCAUAAAAUAAAAUAUGUUUCAAGCAUUCCAAAAAAA